AUGGACAUCGAAACCUUAGACCUCGAGGAAUUAGCUGACCAAGAGAGUUUACAUGAAGUUGCUCAAUCGGUCAGACACGCUAAAAAAUGUAUAAUUAUAACUGGCGCCGGAAUUUCUUGUAGCGGAGGUAUACCGGAUUUUCGUUCUUCAGAUGGCCUAUAUAACAUGGUCCGAUCAAAAUACCCGGGAACAUUUCGUUCCGGUAAAGAUUUAUUUGAUGCAAAUCUUCUUCACAAUGAAUCUUCGAUCAAAGCUUUCCACGCCUUCAUGGGUCUCUUAAAAGAAUAUGUGGUGAAAGCGAAACCCACGCCAACACAUCAUUUCAUGAAAAAAAUGUAUGAUCAAGGAAAACUAGUUCGCGUGUACACACAAAAUAUCGACAAUUUAGAGGAAUCUGUUGGCCUAAACGUGAAUUGGCAGGCUGAUUCUCGUGGGGCCAAAGUUAUACAGCUUCAUGGCUCUAUGGAAGAGCUUAAAUGCAAUUCAUGCAAUGAAAACUUCGAGUUUGAAGUAUAUCAUUGUGAAAUUUUCAAGCAAGGUGAAUCACCCGAAUGUCCGGCGUGUGAAGAAAGAGAAUCAGUGAGACAAAGACAAGGAAAACGGAGACAUACAAUAGGACGUUUGAAACCAAAUAUUCUACUCUAUGGAGAUUCCCAUCCUCAAGGCGACCAAAUCGGCGAAAUAGCCGCACGGGACGAAGAGAAAUCAGACUGUCUAAUAAUAAUGGGUACGUCUCUUCGAAUUCCCGGCGUGAAACGACUUAUCAAACAAUUCGCCAAAGGAGUACACAACCGAAAUGGGAAAGUGAUACUGGUUAACGCUACUGACGUAGCACGAAAAGAAUGGCAGUCGUACAUUGAUUACCAAAUUAUCGGGACAUCUGAUGAAUGGGUGCGACUUGUCGAGGAAAAUCAACCCGAAGGGAAUGCAACGUCAUCUCGUAAGAAACGUCGGAAAGACAGUGAUAAUAAUGUAAAUAAGAAUAGAGAAGUGACACUACGAAAAUAUAUGAAAACAACAAAAAAUAUACCCACAAGAAAAAAGACUAGAAGUAAUAAUAACAAAUAA